UUGAAAAUCAUCUCUCUCUCCCUCUCUGUAGAUUUGCUUAAGAACUCUGUUUUUUAAGCUCAAACAGUCUGUCCAUCGAUGGCUUCUUCUUCAAGAGCUCUAGUAUCCACACUGGUUCUCUCACUUCUUCUCUUCAUCAGCUUCUCAGAAGCUAGAGACCACUUGGUUGGAGGCAAAACUGAGGCAUGGAAGGUCCCAUCUUCUCAAUCCGAUUCCCUCAACAAAUGGGCUGAAAAUUCUCGCUUCCUCGUCGGAGAUUCUCUUGUGUGGAAGUAUGACAGUGAGAAAGACUCAGUGUUGCAAGUAACAAAGAGAGGUUAUGCUACCUGCAAUACUUCAAGCCCCAUUGAAGAGUACAAGGAUGGGAACACCAAGGUGACGCUCGACCAAUCCGGGCCUUACUAUUUCAUCAGUGGAGCAGCAGGAAACUGCGAGAAAGGCCAGAAGCUGAUAGUGGUGGUCAUGUCUGCAACGCACAAGAGGCUCUUCACUGCUAUUUCUCCGGCACCAUCUCCGGUGGAGUUUGACGGACCGGCAGUCGCCCCCACAAGCGGUGCUUCAAGUUUACAGGGCAGUUUGAUGAUGGUCUUGGUGGGAUGGCUUGUUUUAAUGAGGGUUUUUGGGUUUUGAAGGGGUGGGGUUUGGUUAAUUUGAUUGAUUCAUUUGAUUAUACUGAUGGUGAGGGUUGAUUAUACUUUGGUUUAGGGUCUACUUUUGGGGGAAUUAUUUGAUUUUCUAUGUAUGUGGAUUGUCACUACAGAUAUUAAUAUAUUCCAUUAAUUUAUUUA